UGCGAAUAUAUAUGAUAUCGGAAUGAGAAGAUCGGGAUAGACAGAAAACCCACCCGUUUGUGGUAUUUUUUCAAUCCCGCGUUCCAUCAUCACUAAGCAAGUCACGUCUCAGACUCAGGAUUUAAAAAAAAAAAAAAAAGGAAAGAUUCGCUGGUGAAAGUUGUUGUUAGUUUCCUUUUCCAGCUUGUUAUUAUAACUAUGGCGCAAGACUUUAAUAUCUUUACGGAUACAUAUGACCCCAUGGCGGACCAGUACAAUGAUGCCGCGCUCGUCAGUAACCGUGUCCUGCUCAUCGUCAAUAUAACCCAGCUUCCAGUGGAGUUACAAGACGGUGUUUUAAAUAUCAUCAAAUAUGCACCGUACAAGAACUUGGUCGAUGAGAGUGCCAUGCAAGAACAAGACUAUAGCGAUUAUAAAUGGCAUAUCAAUUUUGCUUGUGACCCCAAUAUACAACCUGGUCAAGUGUUCGUCGAGAGCAAUUAUUCCAAUUAUAAAACAAUGCCCGUCAAUGAACGGUUCGAAAUAUACGUUCGUUACAGUCGUAAAAUUGAAGGUAAUUGCCACAAAAAACCAAUUGAGGGAUAUUUGAAACGUAACCGACCGAAUCCAUGGCUAGCCUUUCGUGCUUUGGGACGAUUGUUGGGUGCAGCAAGAGAUCUUUUGAUCUUGUCGGGAGAGCAUGGUCCUUUGGUGACAUUUUCCGAAGAAGCUCAAUUUGACACGCAAGGGUAAAAUUGAAAAAAUCACCUUUUUAUUUGGUAUCAAUCUGCUAAUAGCGUUCCAAAAAAAAAUGGCAAUGGCAGCGUUAUGAUUGAUUGCAGUCGGAAUGGCGUCUUGAGGACGGAGAGUGUCUACUUUCUCUUGUGCAACAUGGCCUUGAUGGGUCUGAAUAUGCUGCAAUUGUAUACCGAAGACACUUAUGAGGUUAGUGCCCUUUUUUUUCCCCGCUAA